UGUAACGCAAAGGAGUAUGUCAAAUAACACAUGCUUACAGUGCCGUUUGUGCAAAUUGUGUAAUACAGUUAACAUCAGAGAAAAUGCAAACUUGUGUAUUUGUCCAAAAAAUACAUGGCUUACCGUAUAUGAUGACAACAACUGUCUCAGUGUGACAAGAAUCCAUAAGCAAUCGAAAGAAGGCGUGAGUCACUUCGCCCUCCAAAAUGUGACAAGUUUUGCCUGGAGACCAGCUGGAGGGGACAGCCUAUGUGUGGUUGACACUGAGAUGACCAUAGCCCAGUACUCCUUAAAUGGCCCAGCACCCACCAUCAGCCACCGCUGGACCUUCCACGAACUGCAGACAGAAAUAAUCUCAAAAGUAGCUGAGGUGUCGACAUUAGACACUCUCUCCCUGGUUCACUGCACGUCCACUACAUGCCUCCUGCUUGUCAAUGCCAGCAUCUUCGUCUCCAUCAAGCUACUGGAUGACGGACACUGCCAACAUGUGGCCACUUUGGCUAUUCCUGGAAGUAGUCAGAGUUGUCUACCUUUGUUCCAAAUUGUUGCCGAUCAGUUGGUGGUUCUGGCAGAGAAAACUGAAGCUCUUUACAUCUUUGACAUUGUUGCUGGUCGCUUGUGGUGUCAUGUUGAUUUACAAUUCUCAAAACUUGAUCCAGCCAAUCAGAUGCAAUGGAGAAUAUCACAUGAUUUCCACAGACUGAUUCUGAUUGGUCAGGACUGGAUGCUCCACACACUGGCCCUUGACGCCUACAUCAAAGCUUAUCCUAAAUGUCUUAAAGUGGAGCCCUCAGUAUUUCAUCCUUACCGAGACAGGACAUUUCGACCAAACCACUCCACUUGUCGUCAUGGCGAUUCUACAUGGAGAGAAAAGUUAUUAAAUCUACAUGAAGAAAAGCACCUCAACCAAAGCAGUGGAAAAUACUUCCAGAGUAAAACAAGAAGCGAUACAAGACGCAACAGGAAGCAUGUAACAGGCUUCAAAUCAAUAUAUUCAGUUGGUGGAGCACUGAGUGAAACAAUUGUAGAUAGUCAUGAGUUGCCGUCGGAGAUUCACCAGUACACAGUAGUGGACAUGGCCGUGAGCAGGUUCACUCUGACUCUUUCAUUGGCCGAGAGGGCAGCUGAGGGCAGCAGGGCGUUAUGUGUGAUAGACACCGCCUCACACAAUAUUCUUAUGAAAAGUAUCUCCAGCAAUCAGAGAAUCGUGUUGUCCUCCACGCCAGGCCACACCCACCUUGUCGUCAGCGAUGUCUUUGUCUUCCAUGUUGUUACUGAAGCUGCUAUAGAGCAGGAAGACCUUGUCAGCAAGCUGAUGCUGUAUGGUGGCGCCACUUCUGCUGACAUGUUGUGUGACUUCAACAAGUGGGGGCGCUGUACGGUGCCAGUUCACACGUUGCAGAUCGGGAUACAACAUCGGCAGCUUGACACUGUAGCUUUCUUCCUGAAGAGCAAGGAGAACUUGUUCACAGCCAACAAACAGAAGCCGUCUGUGUCCCCGGUGUCUGCUGGGGAUGAGUCCAUGCUGUGGACAUCCCAACUCUGCCACUACGAUAGUGUGAGGCAGUUAGAGCCAGCCCUGUCCUUUCUAGUCCAAGCUGUGAGAGAAAAUGUGAAUGAUCAGCAGUCACGUGACUUUGCCAACAAACUCUUGACCUUGACCUUAGAGUUUCUGUAUGGCCUUGUCCACAAUGGUCUGUCAGUUCACAGGGGUCUGGGCCAGACCGAGCAUGACCAGGAGGAGAAAGGUGACCUUGAGAAAGCCAUUGACCUGUUGAUGGGAUAUAUUGCUCAACUACGCCAGUGCCUGACGUUGGUGGAAUUGACACGUGCCAAGUUGAUCGUCAAGGCAUCCGAUGCCCCAGAUGGACUGACUACUAACAGCCUGGAGGAGUCUGAAUGGUCAUGUUUGACAGCAGAGGAUGCUGUGGAGGCAGCAACCUUGAAGAACCAACUUCUUCUCCUGCAGUCACACAUGUUAAUGAGAGGUGAUACAGGUGUCGCCAGGUAUGAACAACUCGUUAAGAACUGCAUGGACCAGGUUCUACACUACCUAAGCAACAAAGAUAUGAAUAAAGCAAAGAAGCUUUUAGGUAAUAUGGGUUUUGAUGUCUCAGCCAAACUGUGGACCCUGGCAGAGUGUGUGAAGUCUCGCAACCUCCAAAUGUUCAUAUCAUCGGAGCUCCACAGGACUGGCAGUCUCUCCCCAGAGGAGGCCAGUGAAGUGUCCUUCCUGCAGCAGCUGUACCAGCUCUACCCAUGCAGCUCCUUCAACCAAGCCAUGCUCACCGCAACGGGACACCGCAGCAGUGCAUGGUCAGAUGAAACUCUCUUGGCAUCUCUACUGAACAAAACUAGUCAUGAGGUGAACACUGUCUGUGGAGAUAUUGGUGAGCAAGGGCCUCAGAAUUGUCCAGAUGGACUAUAUGCUGAGAUUAUUUUGACAUGGAUACGAUCUUGGGACCAAGAAACAAGGGAGAGAAUUCUGUUAGAAGCACAGAUUGGAAGGGAUGAUUUCAUCAUAGAAAUGUAUCCAAACAGAAAAUUGUUAUGGAAGUACCUCUUGAGCCACAAUCGCCAUGACGAUGCACUGACCUUACUUGACCUCAUGAUCAGAGAGGUCACUGAAGAUGGCAGCAGUUGUAGGCAACGUCAAGACUGCAUCAUUGACCUUUACAGUGACCUUGACCUCUGCAAUGAAUCAAUGCAGAUGGACAUUACUUUGCGGCUAAUGAUGAAAGGUUUUUUGGGGAGUGAGAUACUGUCUGACUUUCCCAUUUUAAUGAAGCACCUGUCAAAAGUGGGAGGGGUGUUGUGUUCCCCCCAACCCCUACAGCACCUGGAUCAACACACACUCCAACACUUCCACCAUCACUUCCUGGCCUACUGCACCAGACACCAGCUCGUCCUGCCGCUAUGGAGAUAUUGCUCGAGACACAGACUGCAGCUGGACAAGAUCGACGUUGACAGCCAAGACUUGAAGACAUGGCUGGCCAGUCUGCAGCAUUUCUUCACCAUCUGUCGCAGCCCGGAUGACUCGGAUGCUGUAUACCAGGCAAGUCUCAUGUGUGCAGCCAGUGUGUGGAAAAUGGAAGAACCUUCCCUAGCUGACCUCAUUACACAAGAUCAUGUGAAUGUUGCCAUAGCAACACUUCCAUAUCUGCCGACACCUUUGCUUCAGACAUCGGAUGUGUGGAGACCAGAGAUCUUCGGGAACAUGGACCAGAACCUACUGCAGGACAAGUUGAAGGCGUUCCCCAAACUGUACUCCGCUCUGUUCCCCACCGGCUCCAUAGCUUCCCCUCGCAUCGAUGUCAACGUCUACCAGCUGCUCAUGGGAAGUGCGCCACUAGACCCAAGACGAUUGUUUGGUUGGCAGGAUGGAAACACAGUAGCUGGAGAAGAGUGCCAGAGUUUUCUGCCGUACUUCUCCCAGUCCGACCUGGUGUCUCAGUUUGCCUACUCUGAGAAGAUCCGUUACAUAUACUACCUCAAACAUGGCCGACCUACAUAUGCCUUUCUCUCCUUCCUGGCAGAGGAGAUUGACUCAGGGGCAACAACUAUUAGUAACAAGAGGAUAAACACGGUGUGUGGAGUGGCAUUAUGGAUGGCAGUGAAGAACUUCACCAGUGCCGAAAUCACAAGUGCAUGUGUAACGUUUGUGGAGAUGAUUGACCAGGACAGCCUGCCACUGCGAACAUACAUUCAAGUAGGUGUGGAGAUUCUCGCCUACAAGAACAAUGGCAUUAUGGGUACCAUUGACAAGAGGAAGGAGUUGAUGCACACAAAUGAAGAAGAAGUGGUGGACCUCCUGCUGAACUGUGUAAGGAGGCGGAGAAGGAACGGCCCCAGUGUGGUGGAAGCCUUGGAGAAGGCUACUGCAGACAGCAUCAUCAAGAAGGGCAUCAACAGUACAAGUUUCGAGGCUGCCCACCAGUGGCUGUUGACCGUGACCCUCUGCCACCUGCUCCAUCUACCUCUCACGGUCUUCCUGGAGGAAUGUGCCCAUGCUGAUAAAUGGCUGCCCUUCCUCUGGUUUGCCCAGCUGCAUCAGUUCCCUAAACAACAGUUGCAGGGCCUACUUCACCAGUUCCGCAGUCGACAUCUACGCGAACACCUCCACUAUGUCAUAGAAAAUGCAGAUGCAAAGUCUGUCAUGCUGCGAAGGAAGUUGUCCGAAACACCCAGUGACACCCAGACAAGGGGCUCUACGAAGGAUGCCAGAUCCUCACUUUAUGCUAAGAUUGGCCUAUCAAAGGGGAGAGGUAAUGCAAGCAGUGAUGAGGAGGACCAUGCUAGCUUGACCUCCACCCAGGGAGAGGUACUGGCUCAGGAUCAAACACAGCCAGUUGACCUGACGUUGACGGAAGAGUCGGCGGGGGAGGAUGUGUUCCAAGUGGUGUUCUCGUCACAGGCGGCCGCCUCUCCAUGGAAGUCCCUCCUACAAGCAUCUGUUGUCCUCCGUAACUCUCUGUUUGCUGAACUGGCUGCAUGUCAAGAGGAUGCUUCAGUGGCUGGCUGUUUGUGUGGAUGGUUGGUGGCCAUGAUGGAUCGUACUGAGCAUGCUCAGUUCCUAGAGGCUCAUGGGAAAUCAGCCUCAGUUUGGAAUAUGGCAGAGCUUGAAAUUCUGAUUGACCUUUACAUUGGCAAACAUUGGGAAUAUACUCUUGCUACAGGAUUUGACAUAUUUCAAACCAACUCACCACUGCUCCCGUUUUUGAAGUUCCUGGCUGAGUUAACACAGGGAAGGAACUACAGCAUCUGCACUGGUCUUCUUUGUGAUUUCAAGGAUGCAAUGUCAAAUUACCCUGAGGGAAGAUUGGAAUCUUCACAGCAGUUAAUUUUGGGGAACUCCCAUUGGCUAGAAAUGACAGCCAAUCGGCUGCUACAACGUCAGUUGCGUCACACUUCCAAUCUGUAUGAGGCACUGCAACUCGUCAAAUUAUUGGAUCAAGAAAAUAUUGCUCUUGUCUUCAGUUUUGAUGUGCCCGACUACAGCCGUCUCCAUAAGUUAGUGCGUAUCCUGCAUGCCAACCAGCUGGACACAGUGGCCUUCCCAGCAUUCCUACAGCAGGAAGAUGGCAGUCGUAGAGAGAUGGAGAAGACCAUCAUCCUGCUGAUUGAGAGGAAGGCAUUUGGUGAUGCGUACAAGUUCGCCCGGCUCUCUAACCUGUCCUGUGACGACAUCACCUUAAAGGAGACUCUGGUGUGGAGGUCAAAGGUUGCCAGGGCCCAGUUCUGGAGGUCAUGUAUGGAAAAGUUCAGACUGAAUCAGAUCUCGCCAUCUAGUGUCAUAGAUUUCUUCAAACUGGAAGCAGAAGCAAUUGGCAGCAUGAGUGAGAAGGCCGGUAUCUACCAGCUGUGUCUGGAACUGAUGACGGGCAGCGAGGACACAGACAGCCUGUAUGACCGGGUUCACAGGCAGAUGUGGCACUGUCGCAUACAGGCCAAGAUCUCACAACAAAAGGGGGAGAGUGAGGAGAGUAGCGAGCCUGUGGAGGAGAUCCUGUCUGUCACGGAGGCCACAGACAAUGGGAAGUCAUCAGCAGAUAAGUCCGAGCUUCUCUGCCUGGGAAAGAUGCCACCCAGUAGAAGACAGUCACAUGUCUCACCUGAGGAAACACAAGCUCUUAACUCACUGAUCGGACAGUUACUUGAUGAGGGCAAGAUUCGUGAGAGUUGCCAGGUGACCAGCGUCUUUUAUCACUACAGUCAGGAUCUUGCCAUCAUCCUUACAUGUAUACGGCUCAGUAAUGACACUGUUACUCGAGAAACAAUGGAACCUGAGAUAAGGAGUCUUCUGACAAUAGACAGAAGGUCAAGGUCAAGCCUUGGAUCAUUCUCUGGGUUUAGUCGCACAUCAAGUUCUGUCAGUCUGGCAACUGCCUCUACAUCCUGGGACUUUCUGCCUGUUGAGAAGGAAGAUGCCAUUGUUGUCAUGGAGAAGCUACUUGGGCACUGUAACCAUGGGCAACAGUGCUGCCUGAGGAUAAUCACCGCAUUUAAAGUUGCAUGUGUGCUUGAUGUGGAAUAUGCACAAGUUGUUAAUAAAGAGGAGUUUUCAGUCCUGGAUGAGCUACUGCGGACAUCGUAUCCCCAGCGGUUUAUCCUUGCCAGGGACUAUCUGAGCACCAGUUGUUUGUCAGAUGAGCAGGUCGCUAGCUUCCUGUCUGUAUCCAUCAUCAAGGCUCUCAAGGUCAGCAUGGGAGGACAGUCGGGUCAAGGUAUGAGGGCAUCCAGCCCUCGAGAUAUGAUGUUCAACCCUAUUGAGAAGAUCUCCAUGUUUGACCAGUUCAUCAAGCUGUGUAAGGAGCCCUCCCGCCUUGGGGAGAACCUUCUGGAGGCCUCCCUGGCCGUGGGCGACUGCUCCGAUGACCUGCACUCAAAUGGCCAGACCCUGGCGAUACAGACCGAGCUUAUGAUCAUGGCGCAUGACUGUCACACUGCAGCCUGCAACAUGGAAGGCAUCUCACACGUGCUGCGAGCUGCACGCAUCUGCACCGACAGUCUCACCCACGCGGAGGAGUUUUCCCUCAUGAUUCGGCUGCUGACUGGUGUGGGCCGGUUCAAUGAGAUGACGUAUAUCUUCGAUGCCUUGAAACUCCACCACAAGUUCGAACUGCUGCUGGGGAAGGGGAUGGAGAGGGGUGACAACUUGAAGACAGCGGUCCUGGACUACCUGAAACGCUUCCACCCUGAGGACAAGGACAGCUACACGAUGGUGGCUCACAAGUUUAUGAUGCAUCGGGAGAUUGCACACAUGCUGGAGGAGUAUGGCUGCCGGAACCUGAAGGCCCUCAAGAACAAACCGUUAGAAAACAAUCGAGAUGUUCAGGACAACCUUAAGAGAAGUGCCCAGUACUUCUCUGAUGCUGCCGAGAGCUAUGUAAAGGACAGCUGUCUGCGUCAUGCACAUCAGUGUCUGCGGCAAGCGCGUCUGCUGGAGCUGCAACUUCAGCACCUUUCUUCAGGUGUCCAAGUAGUCAACCUCUCCCCAGAGGGCGUAACAGCUCUCAUCUCACAACACCCCAAGUUUGUUGAGUCUCUGAUUGUCAGCGAGGCUUAUGGGAAACGUGCCAACUGGUCUGAGGCCAUCUAUUACAACGUGAUCCUGAAUGGCGACUUCCGCUACCUCCAGGAUCUGCGGUCACACAUACGCCUCAAAGCUGCCAUGAUCCAGGAGGCCAUCGGCAGGUUCCAGCAGUCAGUGACCAGUGCCCCUCAACAACACCUGAACAACAUCAAGAAGCUGCUGCCUUUCUGCAAGGAUGUACGCAUGCAGUACAACAUAGCCAAGGAUCUGCAGUUGAAUGAUGUUGUUACCUCCAUGUUGAAGAAUGACACAUGGAGUUAUCUGACGGAUGUUGUGGCCAUGUCCUAGAGCUGUGUGUUGCCUCUGUCUCAUUGUCUUGCCAGUACUGUGCAGUGAGUGGUGCAAGCUUUACAGGUGAUAAUGUUGCUUAUUUUCAGAGAAAAUGUCAAAGCAAAAUGAAGUGGAGCAGACAGAAAUGUGUGACAUUCACUGGUCCUUUGUCCAGUUGUUUAACAGUAUUAUCAUGUUGCCAUUGUACUGACAGGUGAAAUAGGUACCGGUACAGAUUUCAUUGGGAUGUUUGUCAUAAAAAUAAUAAUGUGUGUAUGUCAGUUGUGUGAGACUGAAAACCCAAGGUGCAUGCUCAAAUCACUAACUUUAUAACUACAGUCAGUUAAUAAGUGUGCAUCGAUUUUCAUUCUGAUGUUUUCCUGGGAAGUACACAACCCAAGGUGUUUUGUCAAGCACUAGAAGGUUAGCUGUACAUAUGUACACAUGUGGUAUGGAAGAUAUAUACAAUCUGUGAAGAUUUGACAUGUAAUGUAUAUACCAUAUGUACAGAUGUGGUAUGGAAGAUAUAUACAAUCUGUGAAGAUUUGACAUGUAAUGUAUAUACCAUGUGUACAGAUGUGAUAUGGAAGUUAUAUACCAUAUGUACAGAUGCGAUAAAUAAUAUAUAGAUCAUGUUUACAAAUAUUAUGUGUUUUCUAUGUAUUAUAACUAUUAUUAAACUAGUCCACUAACUUGGUCCCAAUCUUAUUCUUUUCAUGUGCAAUAGGCCUAUGUCAUAUUAUUGAUAAAAUCUUCAGUCUGAUGAUGUUUGCAUUGUGUUACCUCAGCUCCAAGCUUAUCUGGACUUUUACUCACUAUUAAUGUUAUGCUCAAGUUCAAGUGAGUGAAGCAUCAUGGUGAUUCAUUGUAUGUAAACGAAAACUGGAACUGAUUUGUAAAUAUACCAUGAUUAAUCAACCUUGUCUUUCAUUCAUAUGUAGAAACUAGAAUAAUAUCCAUGCACAUUUGUUUUCAUUGCAUGUAAUUACUGAGUGAUGGUUACCUGGACAUACAGAAAUAUAUAUGUAGGUAAGCUAUGAUGUUGCUUGUUAACACCAGGAUGUAUAACUUUGCAUGCACACAGGACAUUGCAGUAAGCCUGUAUCAGUUGCUUGUGUACCAAUGCACCCCAUAUUGUGUAAAUAGUGCUAUGAUCUUCAUUUGCAUUCCAUGUUUUCUCAAUCACUGUAUGAUGACUAACACAUAUUUUGUAAUAAACUAUUUAUUUUUUUAAAUG